AUGGAUAAAGUCACUUCACAACUUCAUGAGCUGGUGGACUCUGGGAAAGAGGUAACAACUUCGGAUCUUCUAUCUCGAAUUGACUUGAGCUCCAUCAAAGAUGUGACUAAAAUAUCGAAACUUAGUCACAAAGUUGAUCCAAUUAUUGCAACAAUUGAAAAAUACACUUCUCAAAAAGUGUCAAAGAAAGAAGAAUACAACUUUUUGAUAACUGUUAAUGAUCUUUCAGUUGAAAUUACAAAUGAAAUCAGCCUUGUCCAUGAUUUCAUCAAGGCGCACUAUAGAAAAAGAUUCCCAGAACUAGAAUCACUAAUACCAAAUGCAAUUGAAUAUUCCAAAAUUGUGAAAGUGCUCCAAAAUAAUUUGAAUAUCGAUGCUGAAAAUUUAUCAUUUCUAUCCAAAGAGAAAACAUUGGUCCUUACUAUGUCUUCAAUUCAAGCUAAAGAUGCUAGUGAAAAUAUCAAAGAAGAUGAGCUAGAGAAAAUUGUUGGUGCUUGUGAUUUGUUAUUGAAGCUUGAAGAUUCAAGGAUCAAAAUUUCUGAUUAUGUUGCAUCAAGACUGAGUGUAUUUGCACCUAAUUUAUCUGCGACAGUUGGUUCCUAUACAGCUGCUCAGUUAAUGAGUGUAUUGGGCGGCUUGAAAGGUUUAGCGCAGACCCCAUCUUGCAAUAUUGCUUCUUUAGGAAAUAAAAGAGCUGUUGGAAUAGGACUUGGUCAUAGCGGAGUAAGGCAACAAGGGUAUUUAUACUAUAGUGAUUUAAUUCAAUCUGUCUAUCCAGACCUUAGAAAGCAAGCCAUGAGGAUUGUUUCUGGGAAAAUCAUUUUGGCUGCUAGAGUGGAUUUCUCAAGUAGUAUUCCAGAUGGCUCACAGGGACAAAAAUGGAGAAGAGACAUAGAGGAAAAAUUAGAGAAACUAGCAGAACCACCUGAAAAUAAGGCACCAAAGGCAUUGCCAGCUCCAAUUGAUAAAUCUUCAAAGAAAAGAGCUGGUAGAAAGUAUAGAAAGAUGAAGCAAAGAUUCGAACUAUCAGAACUGAGAAAAGCACAAAAUAGAAUGGAAUUUGGUAAACAAGAAAACACCGUUACUGAUGGGUUUGGUGAGGAAAUUGGUCUUGGUAUGACUGGUUCUUUAUCAAAUAUCCCAAUCAAUACAAAUACCAGAGCCAAAGUUUCCAAGAAUAUGAAAAACAGGUUGGAGAAAGCUACACAAGACUCGGAAUUUUUUAACCAAUCUCUACUCAACUUUGGCGAAGAGACUAAAAAUGAUCAUAGAAUCCAAGAUGGAAAAGAAACUAAGAGAAUCAAAAGAUAA